AUGCUAGAUAAAAUAAAAAAUGACCCCCUCGUCCAGGAUCUCAACUGGAGACUAGUCCUUAUCGGCGUUGUCUCUAGCCUGGGAGCCAUGGGCUUCGGCUUCGACAAUGGCUGGUGGGGUGGUGCCCUAGGUCUUUCUGAGUUCCAAAAGAAGUACGGCUCGUAUGACGAGUCUCUGGGCCGGUAUGCCAUCCCCUCCGACAAGACCUCUGUUGGUACAGGUACCGGAUCAGCUGGAAUUAUUCUUGGCUGUGUCAUUGCUCCAUGGGUUACCUCAAGACUGGGUCGUAAGAAGGCAUUCCUAGUGCUUUCCUGCCUUAUGCUUGUUGGAAUUACUCUCGAGGCCUCGGCUAUUACAUCGUAUUGGCAGCUAGUUGUUGGCAGAAUCAUGGUCUAUUCUGGUGCCUUCCUUGCUCUAUACAGUUUUUUCAACUCACUUGGAGUCUUCCUGGCAUGUAUCGUCGUUUACGCAUCACGAUCGCGAACGGAUCAAUGGCAAUAUAUUAUCGUUAUUCUAUGCCAAUUGAUGGUUCCAGUCGGAUAUCUAUCAAUGUAUAUCUUCCUUCCCGAGUCUCCCCGAUUUUUGAUCUAUAAGGGGCACUACACCGAGGCUGACGCCGUGAUGCGCUCCCUAUCCAACCAUCCUAAUACAGUGCCGCAUGAGCUGCUGUUGCUAAAGGCACAGGUCGAGGAGCAGCGCGAACUGCACAAAGCCAGCUCGAUGAUGGAUUGCUUCCGUGGAACCAAUCGCCGGCGCACUAUCAUUGCUAUGUCAGUGCAACUUCUGCAACAGGCACAAGGUGUAUCCUUUAUCCAGAACUUCAUUGUCACAUUUAUGCAGCAGCUUGGGUUUCCAGACCCGUUACGUACGAAUAUGAUGGUCACAGGCUGCUCUUUUGCUGUGCAUAUUAUUACUUUUCUCACUUUUGACAAGAUUGGCCGCCGUCUUUCCUUGAGCUGGGGCGCUAUCGGUAUGGCUGGGUGUAUGCUGGGUACUGGUGUAGCUACAGCUACUGGUACAGCAGGCAACUACUCGGAUGCUGUAGGUAAUGCCUCUGCUGCAUUGCUUAUUCUUUGGUACUGUAUUUAUGGCUUCACAUGGGGACCUGGAAUCUGGGUUAUCACUGGCGAGGUAGGAACAGGUCAGCUACGUGAGCGCACGCUUUUCCUUGCCUCUAUGGCGAGCUUCCUAACAUCGGUUCCCAUCAACUUUGUCAACCCUUACGUACAGAGGGCUAUUGGCGGCAACGUCACCUUCAUCUAUGGAUCGUUCUCUGUUGUCGCUAUUGUAUGGGUCUUCUUCGUGGUCCCCGAGACUAAAAGCCGAUCACUAGAGGAACUCGACGAGAUGUUCCAGGAGAAGGUGAAGACGAGGCAGUUUGGCAAAUACGUGUGCACCGGUCUCGGCGCUCAGAUUACUGAGGUGGAGGGUACAGGAACAGGCAAGGUUGUGGAGCAUACUUGGGAUGCCGAUAAGGCUGCUGCUGGCACUCUAGAGGAGCGAAAGCCAUAA